AUGUCUACCAUUGCCAUCAUCUUAGUCACCCUCUUCUCGAUAUUCUACACAACUUCAGCAUCUUCAGUAUCCCGCCACCUCGCCCGACGUGGCCUUCCAGGGGCAUACUAUACAUGCACACAACCAAACUUCGCCGGAAUAUGCAGCUGGACGCAACCCAACAUAGAAUGUCACAUUCAAGGCAGUCCGGCGGGCAUCGAGUCACUUGGUCCUGACGAGGGUACUGUGUGCACUCUGUACACACGAUUCGACUGCAAAGGACAAGCUAUUAAAGAGGUCCAUUUCCCGGGCAUCGCAACAGCUCUACCGGUAUUUGGCAGUUUCAACUGCUCCAACACGUCAGGGCCAAGGAAGACGGGUUUCGAUGUUGCUGCCGAGCUUGCCAACACGUUUUUGAACGAUGGAGAGCUGAGGGACUUUGGGCUGAAGGCGGUUAAGAGCAAGGGGAGAGAAGAGGGCAUGAUUGGGCUGAAAAAGGGUACUUACUAUUGA